UAUUAAUUCAAUUGACUUUCCAUAGACAAACUUAAUUCAGUUUUCUCGUGUAUGUGCAUCCCUUUACAUAGAAAUUCAUGUUUUGUAUAAUUUAAAAACGUAUUGUACACAUGUGCAUGAAGGAGUCAACCAAACUUCAGCACAGCAUUCUUAAUGCCAAUGAUCAAUUGGAGAAGGCUAAAUCGGAGAGAGAACUUGCGGACAAAGACGUCAGUAAAUGGGACAAAGUCGCCAACCUGGCAACACUGUAUUCUAGACGUUACCACACUGACAGGUCAUGAUGUCAGCCGGGGUGGAGUACAGCUCGAUUUUUGAUUACUGCCAAGUGGACGGGCUACUAAACGGGCUACGAGAUGUGACCGACGUCAAGGAACAACCUUCUCUCUCCAACAGCGUUUUAUCUUCAGUUAGUCAAGUGACAGCCAAAGCUUCCCUCCCGCCCAGCUGCUCCCGAGGAGCAGAACUGUGCCCAAAUGAGGGUAGUCUUGCAAGGGAGGGGGCAGACAGGAUGGCCUGCUCAGCUUGCCAGUGUCACUUUGACUGCCGCGAUGAGCAGAUGGAGCAUUACAAACUUGACUGGCACCGAUUCAACCUGAGGCAAAGGAUUGCGGGGCUUCCACCUGUCACAGUGGAGGAGUUUGAGAGGAAGAUGGGUACCGAGGACAUGUCCAGUAUCUCAGGUACAGACUCUGACUCUGAGGACUCAUCCAGUGACUGGGCUGUGGAUGACCCUGAGGUUAUCCCAGCUGAGAGUGAUAGCUAUCUGGCGGCAGAGUCUUCCAGCCGGCUGUCAAACAAGGCAGUGUUCCAGAACACCCAGGGACAGUAUCUGGCUGUGUUCCGCUGCAUGCUCCAGGCAAAGUCCAAUGUAGAGGUGGACUUGGUGCCUUCUCUCCAGAGUGUCGGCAGCAAGGCUGUGUGGAUCAUUCUCAUGACAGGUGGAGGCCACUUUGCUGGGGCUGUCUUUCAAGGGAGAGAUGUUUUGCAACAUAAGACGUUCCACCGCUACACGGUGCGCGCCAAGCGUGGAACCGCCCAGGGUCUCCGCGACGCCAAGGACCGUAGCCACACCCCCAAAUCAGCCGGCGCCGCCUUGAGGCGCUACAACGAGGCUGCACUCGUUAAGGAGAUCAAGGACCUGCUGGAAGGCUGGGCUGAGCACCUGACAGAAGCCAGCCUGAUAUUCCUCCGAGCACCCAGUUACAACAAAAACAUCUUCUUUGGUGGGCGUACAGCUCCUUUGGACAAGAAAGACGUCCGGAUCCGCACGCUGCCCUUCGCCACACGCAGAGCCACCUUCCGAGAGAUCAAGAGAGUACACGAGAUGCUGUCCACUAUUCAUGUUUACGGUAAAGAAACAGACGUCUAUGACAUCCUCAAUCCUUCUAAGAAGGUUUGGAGGAAGAAGGUAGCCAAGCCGAGACCUCGUCCGGACCCGGAUCAAGACCACACCGCCCUCCUUGCAGAAAGGGAGGGAAACAACAAGGAGGGACAGGAUGUGGAGCUGGAGGUGGCGGAGGUGACACUGAGCAUGCUGGAUCUGCGAGAGCACAAGCUCCAGCCCUCCAGACCUAGGAAGAGGAGGAGGAGGAGGAGGAUAAAGGGGUGCAGGGGAGAGACAGAAGGCAGCAGGGCAGAAGAGGAGGAGAAGGAAGAGGAGUCGGAGACUGUAGGGGUGGAGGGAAACCAGGAGAAACCAUGGAGGAACAGAGACAGGUGGAAACCAAACGAAAAGACACAACUUGAGGAAGAGGAGAUGAACGAGUCCUGGGAGUAUGGCCUCAGGGAUGCCCUCUACACAGCCUGUAAGGUUGGGAAUGUUGAGGCCCUGCUCUGCCUUCUGCAGCUGCAUCCAGAAACUGGCGACCAGGGAGAAGAGAGGAAGGAGGCCCAGGAGGGAGAGAGGACAGAGAACCUGGAUCCUCAGAAUGAUGGCUCCCCCUCAGAGAGUCCUGGCGUCCGGAGCCCCCUCACCCUCCUCAAUAGGCCCAUCGACUCGUCGGGCGUCACCUUGCUGCACGUGGCUUCGUCUGCAGCCCAGAGAGCUGUGGUCAGGCUGCUGAUGGAGGCUGGAGGAGAUCCUGCCUGCAGGGAUAAGAAGGGCCAGACUCCCUAUUUGGUAGCACCUGGGAAGGACACCAGGAAUGUGUUUCGCAAAUACAUGGCCGAGAACCCUGACAAGUAUGAUUACAGCCGAGCACAGGUUCCAGGGCCGCUCACAGUAGAACUGGAGUCCAAACAGACGGAGAAGAAAAAGGCACAGAAAGCUGCAAAGAAACAGAGAGAGAAGGAGCAGAAGGAGGAGAUAAGGAAACAGGAGUUGGAGUUGGAGGAGAAGAAAAAGUUUGCAGCUCUCAGCGAUCGAGAAAAGAGAGCCUUGGCAGCAGAGAAAAGGCUGGCAGAACAGAGCGCUUCAACAGGGGCCAACCGCUCCAACACCAGACGGUGUUGGCAGUGUGGAGAAUCUCUCCUGGACAAGGUCCCAUUCCAGUACCUGGACUUCACCUUCUGCACGCCUCACUGUGUCCAGAUUCACCGUAAGGCCAAGGCCAAGGCCUGACAUGUCACUCGGCCCUAGCCUCAGGCCCUAACACUGCUCAACCAGCAGUGGGUGCCAGCGGCAAAGCACUGUCCACUUCAGCAGACCUGUUUCACAGUGCUUUCAUGGUCUGAGUAGUCUAAUAUCCCUGAAUGCCUGUUGGAGUUGUCAGUUGGUAACUAAACAAUAUAAUACUGUGUCAGGAAUGAAUUGACAGUGAAGACAUUGUAAUAAGAGCAAAAACAUAAUUUAUUUACGGUAAUAAGUCAAAGGCAUCCAAGGCACAGCAACUUUAAUAAAAUCAAGGCAAUGAAAAUG